AUGCAUCCCUCGUGUCCGGGAUUGUGUUUCAUGGCAGCGUCUAUGUCGCCUGCUUCGAGGAUGGCUGUGAGCAAAACAGGGGUGGCGGGCACUGGCCCAGCCUUCACAGGAAACACUGGUCAUCAGUCUUUGAACCUAUGGCCCAGUGUGAGCUGCGGGGCACUCGCACUGGCGCUGAGCUUCACUCGAAGGGGAGGGCGGGGCCUUCGCGCACUGUACGGUCCACCAAGGGAGGUGCAAAUCAUCCCAUCCGUCUUGCCUGCCGACUUCGGAAAGCUCGGCGAGGAUUGUAAGCGUUUGGAAGAUGCCGGGGUGGACCGCAUCCAGUUCGACGUCAUGGAUGGAAACUUUGUGCCUAACCUCACGUUUGGCCCAGAUGUCAUCGCGUACAUGCGUAACUACUGCAACACCCCCUUCGAGACACAACUCAUGGUGGAGCAGCGCUGUGUUGACUACAUGCUUCCGCAGUUCGUGGAGGCCACAAAGGGACCCAAUGGCGAACCAGGCGUCGUCAUUUGCCAUGUGGAAGCCUGUACGCACCUUCAUCGAAAUUUGAAGCAAAUCCGGGACCUUGGUGGAUCGCCUUCAGUGGCUCUGAAUCCCCACACACCCGCACACAUGGUGGAGAAUGUGCUUGAUUUGGUGGACCAUGUCCUGGUAAUGACCGUCAACCCAGGGUUUGGAGGCCAAGCAUAUAUCCCCACCAUGCUUCCCAAGAUCCGCAUGAUUCGGAAGUGGAUCGUGGAUCGCGGGCUCGAUAUUGAUAUUGAGGUGGAUGGAGGCAUCAAAGCGGACAACACGAUCUUCGAGUGCGCGGAUGCUGGCGCCAAUUGUUUCAUUGCCGGCAGUGGCCUGUUCGCGUAUGAUGACCUCUCGAAGGGUGUGCAGGAACUCAAAUCCAAAGCCUUGGAGGGCCAGAAGGGCUUGGAGACAAGUGUAUAG